AUUACUGGUAGCACAUUUGUCAGAUAUAUACCCGGAUUCUGUAUAUAUCUAACAUUGUAACGAUGCUAAUUGCUGGUGUGUAGCGUAUUUAUUUUGGGCGAUUGCAUAUCUUUUAAAUUUGUGUAGCUGUUAGUUUAGAAAGACAUGAUGUCAGCUUUAGAUGUAAUAGAUAUAUUUUCGUUGCAAACGAGUGAAGAACUACGUGAUAAAUUGAUAUCGAAGUAUUGUUUCAGUGUGAAAAUUCACGAUCGCAAACUAUCUCAUGGCGCUUUGGAGUUACAACAUUCUCAUGUUGAUGGGUCUACCUCUAGGCUAAGUGACGUUGUAGCAUCAUUGGAACAUGAUGGGCUAUUUAAAGUUGAGAAUCCUGUAUCACAGAUACCAUCGGAUAAUAUACAAACGAGUGACGCUGAUGAGGCGGAUGAUAUAUCUAUUGCUGACAUGAUUGAUCGAUUGGACCAAUUGAGUGCUACAUUAUGGGAAACGUGUGACAACAUACAAGGAAAGUCGCGUAGAAAGCUACGUAAUCUUUGUACAACACUUAGUGCGGUUAACAGUGUGAGCAUGCCAUUGAACAUUGAUGAUAUUGCUUCUCGUUUAAAAGAUAUUGAUUUAGUAGCAGACUCCGUGUGUCGUAAGAAAGAGCAGUUCAAUUAUUUGAUGUUAUUGGAUUAUUUGCAAUCGAUUCUUCAGUUGAAUUUGGAUGCGGUAACCUUAUUGCAUAAUUGGGAUGACACGUUUCGUAACAUUAAGUCACUAUUUCAAUCGUAUCAUGAUUAUCGCGAAGCUGGUGGUACAGGGGUAAAGUUGUUGACUUCAACCGAUAUUGAAGUCAGGUUCACCUUAGAAAAGGCAUGUGAAUUGCGACGUAUAUUACUGCAGCUCAGUCAUGCAAGGGGACUUUCUGUUGGAAACAAUAAGGAUUUCAUCAAAAUAGCUUCUACCCUAGAUACUGUAUUCAACAAUUAUACUGAAUUCCUCGAGGACAUAUCAACCGAUGUGGUUAUGCAUUACUAUAAUACUGCUGACUCACUGCCUGAGGAUGUGAAAGAUCCAUUCCAUCAGCUGUGUGAUCUCUCUGUCGAUAUGUGCAGUACUGAUGAUAAUAAUGUCAUAUUGCGCACUUUAGUGAGAUGCGUUAGUAACAUAUUGCAUAACAAGUUCUCGCUACUCUUGGAUGAGUAUUCGAUGUCUCUAAAACUGGACAGUGGUUCUUCAAUUCUUGAAGAGGAUGUUUUAUCCUUGGAGAAUGCAAUUGCAUUGACUACAGCGAACUAUGUCGAUGCAAUAGGUAAAUACAUCAUGGAGAAAAACGACCUGUUGAAGCAUCACCUUGCCAUGCUACAUUCCAGGAAAAUGCUGAAUAGUGACAUUACUUUAAAAAACAUCUAUAUGCAACUCCUAAAGAAAGCCUUCAAUAACUUUGAAGUAUAUAAUGGACUGCUUAAGCCAUUGCCUAGCUAUAUCUUUUUGAAUAUUGCCACUACAGCAUUGACGUCACUGGAAUGCAGCUUGGAGGACAUGAUGGCGAUGCUAUCAGAUAUUGUUACCGUGGAUGAAAUCCAAUCGCAAAUGAUGGUGCCACACAAAUUACUACUUCGAUAUAUUUUGGUUCUGGACGAAUCGAGUAAGAAUCAGUGUUGGAAGGCCUCAGUUAGCGUGGAUGACACAGUGGACUCCUAUUUAACAGGCCUAGAUUCAUAUAUCGCGUACAUGGGUAGUAUUCGUACAAAUGAAAGAGGUAUAAUAUCCGUGAAUAAUGACAUUAACGUGGCCGGCCCAUUUCAAUGGGUAUAUAAUCGCUUAUUGCUCUGGCAUUUGAGAGAGGCAUAUGCUACACUUAUGUCAUCGAUGUCUGAAUCCGUGAAUUCCUAUUGUAUGAGUCAAUCAUUGACCAAAAUAUCCAGGGAUUUAAGUAUAGCAAUGGAGUCGCAGUAUAGCAGGAUAUUAUCCAGGGUUGUAUCAUCUAGGACGCCUUUGGAAAAAGCGGUUAAUCAUUCUGUUCUACCCAGUUGUCAGUACACUGAUUCUACAACUCUAUUGUCAACGAACAUAAAGGCAGUCUUAACGUCGGAUACGUCGGGUAUAUAUAACGAUCUACCUGACCAUAUACAGCAAUGCCUGAAGGAACCUCUGGAUGGUCAAACAUUUACUGCAUUUUUCUAUGAUACUGGGGAUGUUGCUAAUAUGAUUGAGAAACAUAUCGUACGUCUGAUAUCUCGAAAGGCAUCGUUGUUAAUAUCACCCUACUACGAAACCUUUGCAACUGAGGUUGAUGGUGAAGUUUCCAGUGUUAUACUUAUGAUAUGUGAGUAUUUCACCUCGUUGUUACCCCUAUUCAAUCGCACGGAGAUAUUGUCAUACAACAUUCUAGGCAAGUCAUUUACCUCAUUUUUUGAUGAGGAAUUAAGUCGUUUAUCAGACUUACGUCCCUCAGAUAUAUCUGCCCUGCGUCGAUAUAAGGCUGACUUAUCACAGCUACUUCUAAUAAGCCGCUGCUGUAAGUCAGAGGUUGCUGAAUCAAUCGAGGAAAUGAUAGCGGCAUGUGGAGACAGAAGUUAGAAACAGAUCGCAUAUAAU